AUGGCAGUGCAAGAACUUGACUGGCCUGUACAGAGCUCUGACCUGAACCUGAAUGAACAUCUGUGGGAUGAAUGGCAAAACAGUGAGAUCUGUAUCAGAUGCACCAACAUGGAAUGGCCCAAUGAUCAGAAGGACCAGUGUAUUCCCAAAAUAGAAGAAUUUCUUUCCUACACUAAUGAUGUGAUUUCUGUGGUUUUAUCAUCCAUCUCAGUUCUGUUUUUUCUUAUAACCCUGCUGAUACUGGGGGUUUUCAUCUCAUACUGGGAUACCCCCAUAGUGAGAGCCAACAACCGGAGCCUGAGCUUCCUCCUCCUUGUCUCCAUCAAGCUGAGCUUCCUCAGUGUGUUUCUGUUCCUCGGUCGCCCUGUGGAUAUAACCUGCAUGCUGCGCAUCAUCACUUUUGGAAUCACCUUCUCCAUAGCUGUCUCUUCUCUCCUGGCCAAGACUAUCAUGGUUUGUGUUGCUUUCAAAGCCACCAAGCCAGGGAGCUCAUGGAGAAAAUGGCUGGGAGUCAAACUGUCCAAUUCUGUAGUCUUGUUCUGCUCAUCCAUUCAAAUAAUCAUCUGCAUGACUUGGUUGGCCAUUUCUCCUCCCUUUCAGGAACUGGACAUUCACACUUCCCCUGGAACCAUCAUCAUUCAGUGCAAUGAGGGCUCAGCUAUUGGCUUUUACUCAGUUAUUGGGUAUAUGGGGCUUCUGGCAGCUGUUAGUUUUGUUUUAGCAUUUUUAGCUCGGAGCUUACCGGACAGUUUUAAUGAGGCCAAGUACAUC